AUGACUGUCGCACUUACCUCGCACGCCAAUCUUCCCUCCCUUCUGAUUCCCGACCCAACUCAAGAACAACAAACACAUUUGCGACGAACACAAUGCCAAAGAAUACGAGAGGAGGAAACGGCGGUCAGUCAUUCCGCCCGGGUCCUUAUGAUAGGCCGCCGACCGAGCUUGGUGGUCGUGGACACGGUCGAGGAGGUGAUCGGGGCCGUGGAGGUGAUAGAGGCCAUGGUCGUGGGGGCUUUGGCUCCAACUCUGAUGGUGGUCGUGGAGGCUACUUGCCACCCCCGGAUGGAGGUCGUGGAGAAUGCUAUUGAGCCUGUUAAAGUCUUUGAUCGGUCCAUGGAUGAUAGGGCCACAACACGGUCAGAUGCCAGGUCGAUUCUUGGUGUCAAGUCACCCCUGCGUCUAUCGGGAGCUUCUUGAACCUGGACUUACCCUCAAAGGUCCAAUCAACACUUGCAACUGUCGCGCCCUCGGUGGCGGUUCUUCAAAGAACUAAGAUGCUGGACGACUCAGAUGGCAGUAAGAACAAGAGUAGGCCGAAAGGUGAUAUGGCCGAAGGGAUGCCAGCCAGGCUCCACGCAACAUCAUGUAUGUGAAUGAAACUGGAACGAAUGGUGGGCUUGCAGGAUUCUGUGUAAAUGUGAGUCCGUAUCAACAUCUACAUGAGAUCGA